AUGAGAAGAAAAACUGCCAAAAGCCUUCCAGAGACUCGCAGCAGAGCAGAGAACCAUCAACAUCAUCACCAUCAUCAUCAUCAUUUCUCCUGCAGGAGAGAGAACGAACGGUUUCUCGAAAGCCAGUACCACCAUCACCACCACCAGCACCACCAUCGAGUCGGGCUUAUGAAAUACCUUAAUUAUCUCGAGUAUGUGGCGACGCUCUCCCAACCCCCCCAACAACAGCCCCCCAACAACAACCCCCCAACAACAACCCCCCAACAAGCCCCCCAACAACAACAACCCCCCAACAACAGCCCCCCAACAACAUCCCCCCAACAACAGCCCCCUAAACAACAACAACAAUAA